UCAAGAGCAGAACAGGAGCUGUAAUGAAUUACCAGUGGGACAUUUUAAAACAAGUGGUGAGCAUAGGAGAAAACAGCUUAGCCAGAAUCUUUUUCUGAACUGUAGCUGUAAUGUUGAUUUUCUCCUGUCUCUAAGAAACACUUAUUUUGGAACCAUCUCUGUUCCUCCACCAAGGAAGAUCAUUAACAUUCUACCUGUCUCUGUCGUUACUCCCUUUUAAGGCUUUGCCCCCCAAGCUCUUCUGUCUACAUCUGCUUCUGUGUCUUUAUGUUGUUCUACAAGUGUGCUGCAGGCUUUCAGAGAGGGCAUAGGAAAACUAGGGAACUGCUGUUUGCAGAGUGCGGGGCUGUGUGUCUCCAGGAUUGCUGUCAGUCUUACUGUAGUGCAAACCAAGGAAAAAAUUUAACAUUGUUCUGUAACUGGAAAGAAGAAAAUCCUUCAGCAGAAGCCUGCUUUACCAUUCAUAUUUACAGCUUCCUUAGCAGAACCAGUUUGGUCUAUUGAAGGGGCAUGUGCACGGCCUUAACUGCCUGUUGCUUUCCAAAGAUUCUGUAUGGACUGAGAAGCGUGAACCUACGCCGUCAGGCUGCACAUAGGGUCAGAUUCUGGAGUGCCAAAUCGAAGCACUGUGGAUCUUGCAACAAGUGUGUGCGUGGCUUUGAUCACCACUGCAAAUGGCUCAACAACUGUGUGGGAGAGAGGAAUUACUGGUUCUUUUUGAACAGCGUGGUGUCUGCCAUCCUGGGCCUUGGGCUUCUGCUGCUCAUUGCUUUCUACAUCUUUGUUGAGUUCUUCCUUAACCCCACGAUGCUUCGUUCUGACCAUCACUAUGAAGGUCUGAAGAACCACACGGAUGUCUGGUUUGUGUUUCUGCCUGCUGUUCCUGUUGAGACUCGGGCACCUGCCAUUUUGUUCUCAGCUGGGACUUUCAUUCUUUUGAGCCUGGUGACUGUGAGCCUGCUAGGCCACCUCUUGACCUUUCACAUCUAUCUUAUGUGGAACAAACUGACUACAUACGAGUACAUCUUGCAGCAGCGUGCCCAGCAAGAGGCCAAAGAAGCAGACAAGCAGCCGGAUCCUUGUCCCUCCCAGGUGAUGCCCACUCAGGAAGCAGAUUUACUUUCAACUACUAACCCUGGCCAUACAAACCCUGGUGUUCAGGUAGAGGACUUCUCAGCAGCCAAUUCAGAAAAAUGCUUUUCAAAGCUCUACGUCCACACCAACGAAGCCGAUCCUGAAUGCAGCUCCUCUCCUGACCUCCCAUCUCUUCACUUUGUGGCCCCCGUGCAGAGACAGAAAAAAAGGAGGAAGAAGAUGUUAAGGACUUCUUCCUCAGUGAUGGAGAGCAGAUCUAAACCACGUGCUGGAACUUGGGCUUCUUUUCCAGGUCCCCAGUCAGAGCUUCCAGCCACAGCUGCUGCCACCCCCUCCUCCCCCAGCCCUCUCCUCCUGGUGCCCACCAUCCCCCUGCCUGCUGCAGUGCAGGCAGCAGCACCCCCAGCUGACUAUCACUCCGAGUCUGCCGAGUCCAUGGAUGAGAUCCCUGUGGCUCAGACUCACCUGGGCAGCACAGCCCUUCACGGCCCUUGUCAGAGCAGCUCAAGCAGUGCUCGGCGCUGCCCCCUGUCCGCACCUGAUCCCAAACACUGCAAAGGGAAGAGUCUUUAUUCUGGGCACAAGGUGAAAAGGAAAAGCUGCCAGCGAGACAGAGGCGUGGAACGAGAUCUGGAACUUUAUUCUAAGACUCCUGCUGUGUUUGUAAGUAAGAGCAGUGGAGAACCUCGUGUCUCUCAGCCCCGAGCUGGUGGGAGCACAUCUGAGCCACAGCACAGAAAAUGCACCAGCAAACAGCAUCUGGGCAGGCAUGAUCCCUGCCUAAAGGACGUAAGGACAAACACCGCAGUGCCCCAGUGACCGUCCUUCCGAAGCCGCAGCCUUUGGGGGUGAAGCAAGAUGUUCUUUUUCUAUCUGUGUGCUACUGUUCAAAGGUUUUCGCUCCAGCAAUUCAUUCUCUGGUGACAGCAGCCUCCCUGGGUGUGAUGCUGUCCAACUUCCAGCACGCUUAGCUGAGAGGCAGCAAAAGCCCUGCUGCAUCAUGUUCUGCAUUGCCAUUGUCUCUCAGGGUGAGGGAAAAUGGCCUUAAUUUGCACCAGGGUAAGUUUAGGUUGGAUAUCAGGAGAAACUUCUUUACAGAAAGGGUUGUUAAGCACUGCAAUGGGCUGCCCAGGGAGGUGGUUGAGUCACCAUCCCUGGGUGUGUUAAAAACUGUUUGGAUGUGGUGCUCAGGGACGUGGUUUAGCAGAGGGUCGUUAGGGCAGCUUGGUUGUGGUUGGACUCCAUGAUCUUUUAAGGUCUUUCCAACCUGAGCAAUUCUAUGAUUAUGGCUGCUGCCUUCGGACUGCCCCAAGCCUGGUUCCACUCUCCUUGUCAAGGGGAGCAGGUUUUGCAGCUAGAGAAGUGCCCAGGGCUGUGUGAGGUGGGCGCUUUGACGUGUUGCCAGAGGGAACUAAAGUAGAGCAUUCUCCAUAGGAAAGGGCUGUGUGCUCCUGACGCUCUGCAGACCAACAUGCAGUAAGUUUAAUGCUGUAGGGUAAAACAAGGCUGCAUCUCCGCUCUCUGUUGAUACCCCAAAAACUCAAUUUUCCAUCUUCCCCAACCCAGGCUUUGGAUCAUGGCAGGGCGCCUCAGCUGGUAGUCAGGGAGUGACCUGAGGAUUGUUCUGUCCCUGCACCACUUUCCUCUGUGCACCUUCAAGCCAAGUUCACCAGCAUGUACUCUAAAGCAGUGUGGUCUGACCUGCUCAGCUGUAUCUUUCCAGCAGCCUGGAGUGCCCCGCAGCGCAGCUUUCUCAUCAGAAACUUCUGAGGAUGCAGCAGGUCCCAAAAGCUUUUCAUUUCCUGGGCUUGCCAAGUCAGUAUUAACCCACAGCCCAAGCGUGGAUGUUCUGUAUUGCAAAAAAUCCCACACCUGACACCAGGAUCCAGAGCCUGGAGCCACUCCGUGGUGGUGGUGAGAGCAGAGGGCGAUGUGGGCUGCAAAGCCUGUGCUGCUCCGUGGGCAGCAUGCCUUGCUUUGCAUUCCUGACUGAGCACUGGGGGCCGGGCUGCCAGGAAGCCCAGAUCUGCCUAGCAGCCAGCUCCCUCAGAGCCCAGGAUAGCAGCGGAGCAGUCUGCUGCACCCCGCCAGCAGUGCCUGGCAUCAUUCCUCACCUGACAGCUGCACGGCCUCUGUGGCCACCACCCAGAGCUGUGGUUGCCACCUUGGCUGCUUGCACCAUGUCUAACAGCCCCUGCCUGGGUAUGAUGAGGAGGGCUGUGUGCCCUGAGCGCCAGCAGCUGGCCCAGUUCCCUCAGAAAGGGAAAGUGCAGGCGCUGUCUGAGCAUCCAGCUGCUUUCUAUAGAGCACGUCCUGUUCCAGGGCUGUCUGUGGGCUCUCUGACCAGGAGUUUAUUGUACUAAAGGGACAGAGAGCUGAGCUGUGCUGCUAAACAUCUCCAUGGGAUGGAGAAUGACCCCUGAGGAGUGUCCUGUGUGCUUGGAUGGGCAUCCCUCCCUGCUGUUUCUCCCUGUUUGCUGCCAUCCAAGGGAGCUGCAGCCUGCAGUAGGUGGGCUUUCGAGGCCAGCUGUCCCCUUACUCACGAGGCAUCGGACAUCCAUCUCCAGCAGGCACCCCUCAGUAGCUCUGUGUUCUCUUUUGCCCAUGCAGAACCAGCCCCAAAGUUAUGUACGGAGCUCUUUAUUAGCUCUGUCCACAAUAAA